UCUUGAUUUGACUUUGCAUUUGUGUUAAAUAGUACAUAGAGAUGGUUGUCAUCUCUCAAAACGUACAACAGACCUGAAAAAAGAAAUGGAUAUUCUCUAUACCAUCUUCACCUCUAUAGCUAUUCUCUUGUUCAUUUGUGUGACUCCAAUAUUAGUUUUAAUAGUAAGGAUCUAUGCUGGCAAGUCAAUCCAAAACCCCAAAUAUGCACCAGUGGAGGGGACUGUGUUCCAUCAGCUCUUAUACUUCAACAGGAUCUAUGAUUAUCAAACAGAAUUGGCUAAAAAGACCCCUACUUUCCGGCUUCUGGCACCGGAGCAGAGUGAAACAUAUACCACUGAUUCAAGAAAUGUUGAGCACAUUCUUAAGACCAACUUUGGCAAGUACUCCAAAGGCAAGCGAAAUCAAGAGGUUAUAAUGGAUUUGUUUGGCGAAGGGAUUUUCGCGGUGGAUGGUGAGAAAUGGAAGCAACAGAGAAAGCUUGCAAGUUUUGAGUUCUCAGCUAGAGUAUUGAGAGACUUUAGCUGCAAAGUUUUCAGAAAAGGAGCAACCAAAUUAGUCAGCAAGGUUUUUGAGUUCUCUCUUGCCAACCAAGUUUUUGAUAUGCAAGAACUGCUAAUGAGAUGCUCCCUGGAAUCAAUAUUCAAAGUUGGCUUUGGAGUUGAUCUGAACUGCCUGGACGGAUCUAGUGGAGAUGAUAACAAAUUCAUUAAGGCCUUUGAUGAUUCAAAUGCAUUGUCAUAUUGGCGUUAUGUCGAUCCAUUGUGGAAGCUCAAGAGAUACUUCAACAUCGGCUCUGAAUUGCUCCUGAAAAAUAACAUCAAAUUCAUCCGAGAAUUCGUUGAUGAAUUGAUUAGAACAAGGCGCAAACAGCUAGAAAUGAAACAAGAUUCUAUGGAUAAGGAGGACAUACUCUCAAGGUUUUUGGUAGAGAGCCAGAAGGAUCCAGAAAAAAUGACUGAUCGGUAUCUCAGAGAUAUUAUACUGAAUUUCAUGCUUGCUGGCAAAGAUAGUACUGCUAAUACUCUUUCAUGGUUUUUCUAUGUGCUUUGCAAGAACCCCUUGAUCCAAGUCAAGAUUGUUGAGGAAAUAAGAGAAGUUAUUGGUAAUAACAUGAAGGAUAAUGGAAGUGUGGAUGAUUUUGUAGCAAGUAUUACAGAAGAAGUCCUCGAGAAAAUGCAUUAUCUUCACGCAACAUUGACAGAGACCUUGAGGCUAUACCCUGCAGUCCCAGUAGAUGGCAGGUGUGCGGAUGCAGAUGAUGUUCUUCCUGAUGGCUUUCACAUCAGGAAAGGGGAUGGGGUUUAUUAUAUGUCCUAUGCAAUGGGGAGAAUGUCUUACGUUUGGGGGAAUGAUGCAGAGGAUUUCCGACCAGAAAGAUGGUUGAAAGAUGGGAUUUUCCAGCCAGAGUCACCAUUCAAAUUCAUAGCAUUUCAUGCUGGUCCAAGAUUAUGUCUAGGCAAAGAUUUUGCUUAUCGGCAAAUGAAGAUAUUAUCAAUGGCUCUUCUCCAUUUCUUCAGGUUCAAAUUAUCCGAUGACACGAAAGAAGUAACUUAUAGAACCAUGUUUACACUCCACAUCAAAGAAGGGCUUCAGGUUCGUGCAGUUCUGAGAAGAGAAUUAGUAGAAGCAUGAAAUACAGAGACACUUUCAAAUUUCAAUGUAUAAAUGUCCUAUUUAAAGUUAAUCUACAGAUGUAAUACCUGUCCAUCCCUCCAUAUGAACUAUAAGUUCAACUAUUCACAACUUCGUAACAAUAAAGUGGAUGCUAAUAUUUCAUCAUGUUCUUGAUUUAGUCUUAAAAGUAAGAA